AUCUGGACUCAUCAUCAUUUUGCAUCAGACACAACGAAGAACUCAAAAAUUUUCCCGCCAUUUAAAAAAUCUCCACAAGCUUCUUCAACACACUUCUUUUGUCAUUUGGGUUCUGAUCUCUUAUGGUGCAAAAACUGACACCAAACUGAGAGACAAGUAAAGAGAAAAAGCUAUGAAAGAAAAUCACAAGCAUACGGAAGCUACAGGACGAAGAAGAAGCAGUUGCAACAGUAAUAGUAAUAGAAAACCCCUCUCAGAUUGCAUAAACAUCAUUAAUUCUAGAAACCCAGCUCAAUCUUCUUCUUCCACAUCCACUAAAAACUCCACGUCUUUUAUCAAACCCACAAACGACAAUACUUCAUUAAACCCUAGUGCUGUUUCGGUGAACUCAGUUUCCACGCCUUCUCGAGCUCCGAAACCCUCUUCUGAUAAGGGUAAUGCUAGUGCUAGUCCUAGUCGUGAGGCUUUUGAGCCGCAUUCAGUCUACAGUCGGAGACAAUCUGCAGAUAAGAGGAAGGGUAAAAGGAAGGCAAUUGCUGAGCCUAUGAGUUGCUUUCCUGCUCUAAAAACUCAAUUUACUGGGAGUGAAAUGAAUGAACGUGAAGUAACCAGUCUAUCCAAAUCGUGCGUGCUGCCUUACGAAAAGAAGCAGCGUCAGAGAAUCCCUAAAGAAGAUGAUGCCAAGUAUGCUCUGCCCCAGGAUUUUAUUGAGAGACAAAGGGCUUACUUUGCAGAAAUCGAUGCUUUUGAACUGCCGGAGGAGGAAGUUGCUUCAAUUGAUGAAUUGGACUGAGUGAAUGUGAGAUGAAGUGUAUAAUUCGGAUGGAACACACUAGCCAAUCUAGCCCUAAAAAUUUUCCCUGUAUAGUUAAGAGUAGUUUCGACAUUAUACACUGGUGUUAUAACUAAUAACCAGCUAACCACUCAUAUAACAUAAUCACUUGAUAUUCAUUCUAGUGUAGUCGAAUGUACAUGAAAGUGAAACAAUGAUAAUGCCUUCAGUAGGAAGGUAAAAAGGAGAGUAUUGUCUUUCCCUACACUGUAGUCAUUAAUAAUGCAUACCCGUCGCAUGCUUCACUUUUAUUAA